AGAGACAGAGAAAAAGGAAGCUGGCAAAGUCUGUGACACUUUACUUUAUGAUGCAUGGAUGUAUUACGUUGGUCAGGGCUGGCAACUUUCAGUCAAACAUAACAAGAGGAUUAGCUGCUUUACAGAUCCAGAUAUGGGUGACUUUUCUGUGAACCCGCUGGUUUUGAUUGGUGUCGGGUCCGGCUUUGCCUUCUCUGGUCUUUUCUACCAUUUAUACCAAGAAAAGACAAAAGAGUUGAAAAAGCUGAAGGAAAUACCCAUAUUCAAGCCUGAUCAACAUUUGGUGAGAGUACUGAAAGCUUCUCCCCACAAGCGACUUCAGUAUGUUGCUGUAGAAGGUCUGGUCCAGGCAGAUGGGGAGCCUCUGCCCAGCCAGUUUGUCCCUCGUUGCUUUGGCGUGAUUCAGAAGACAGCAGUGGAGGAGCACUGGAAAUACUGGAACUCCCUCAGCAAUACAUGGAAUUCUCGGAAAGUGAACAGAAAAGAAACCCAAAACUCAGUGCCUUUCAGUCUGGUCAGCCCCGGAGCCUACAUCACCGACUUGUACGUGAAGGUUCAAAACCCUCUGGAGGCCUCUGGGUGCUACUUGGAGAGGGUUUAUUUCAAAGUGAGACAUGCUGAGGAGAGCUUGGGGAACAUAGUGAUGCAGGGCCUCAGCGGGGAGAAACCUGUGGCGAUGGAGGAGAGCGAGGAGCUGCUGCGGGUGGGGAGCACCCUCACUGGUUUUGGUGAGGUGGUGCUGGAGGGGGGGCAGGUGAUGAGGCUGCAGGCCCCGCAGGAUGGCCGCAAGUAUAUCCUGGUACCCACUGACCACAGGAGCUUCUUGGACAGGCAUGAGAGAUCAGCCAGCAUGUGGAAGAUGCUGACUGCUCUUUCUGGCAUCACAGGGGCUUCUCUUCUAGCCUGUGUCGUUUACGGCUUGGUGGGAAAAAAGGAUGACCGAUCAAAGUAGGCUUGAAGACGUGGAGAUACAAGUGUCACUGUUCUUAGGUGUCACAGUACUGCCUCAGGUGUUGGACCUUACAUUCCAAAGUGCCAUCCUGAUGCUAAGAUAAUUCACUUGCAUGUUUAGAUUUGCUUCAUUGCUGACCGGUAUUUCCUUGUCCUGUUGCAACAUGCAUCAGAGCCUACAACUAUGGUGGCCAUGAGAGACAAAACACGUCGACAUUGGACAAAACAUAGUAGAAAAAUAGAAAGCAGAUCAUUUUAGAAAACGCAUUUACAAAACUGAAACCCAAUAAAACUGAAACAUGACAUUUGACAAAAUCAAAAAGGUAACUAUUCUUGUUUGUAAUUAGACAUAACCCAAGUCAAUUAUGUAUUAAAUUGUUGUAGUAUGGUAGUUUAGUCUGAUAAGGACAAUUAUUAGUUCCUUAAGCCUAAAGAGUCUACUCAGGGAGAUGAAACAACUUAAGUCCACAUAGGUCUAACAGUCAAGCUAUGAAAAGUAUACAUUUGAUUGAAACCUGAUCAUGUAGCCUCUAAGCUAAGAAGCAUAUGACAAGCAAUCAAACUCAGAAGAGUGUGGAAUUAUUGCAAGAUAUUGGACUUUAUAAGAUGUAUUCACUUUAGAAUAAAAACAUUCAAAGCUACUUUAUCAAGGGAACAUUUUAUUUUUGUUGGUUUCAUUUUACAUAAACGUUUAAGGAGUUAUGUGACGUCAAGCACUGAAUCAGUCGUUUAUUUUUCUCAACCUCUUACUUUCACUUUUGAUUUCAAGAUUGUAACUGUGAUUUAAGUGUUAUUUCAUCAGGGCCAGUCCAGGUUUCUAGUCAUCAUGGAAUUAAAAUUAUAUUUUAAGGUGAUUUGAACUGAAUCAAUUUAGCAGAUAAUCUUCUACCUCUUAGAUAAUUAUGUCUUUGAUGUAUUUUUGCUGACCUGCAGUGUUCAGAUUAUAGUGAAGCAAUAUUAAAGUCUUUUAAAUCAGCUUUGAAACCUUGUUGCAGCAAGUGUAUCUUGAAUGAGACAUUUUGUGUUGCUGACAAAGUGAGACAGAUGAUAAACAUUUCCAAGCA